AUGGCUAGUAAUACAGUAUCAAACGAUAGCGUCGGCAAUGUGCCAGUAUCACCUACGCUGAAAACAGCAUUAGCAACAGUGAAUAAACCAACAGCAAUGAAUAAUGGUGAAUCAACUGCGAUGAAUGAUGAUAGUAAAAAAUGUUUUCCAGAAGAUCGUGUUUCGAAAGAUUACUAUUUUGAUUCUUAUGCUCAUUUUGGCAUUCACGAAGAAAUGCUUAAAGAUGAAGUUCGAACAUUAACUUAUCGUAAUGCAAUGAUCUACAAUCGACACUUAUUUAAAGACAAAGUUGUGCUUGAUUUAGGCUGCGGAACGGGUAUUUUAAGUAUGUUCGCUGCAAAGGCCGGUGCUAAACGUGUUAUCGGUAUUGAUAUGUCGUCAAUUGUUGGUUAUGCACAAGAAAUCAUUGCUAGUAAUAAUCUAAGUUCAGUCAUCACAUUGAUCCGAGGCAAAAUCGAAGAAGUCGAAUUACCUGAUGGUAUCACUGAAGUCGAUAUUAUCGUCAGUGAAUGGAUGGGCUAUUGUUUACUGUAUGAAUCCAUGCUUAAUUCGAUAUUAUACGCUCGAGAUAAAUGGUUAAACAAACAACAUGGUCUUUUAUUCCCAGAUAAAUGUCAAAUUUAUAUCUGUGGUAUUGAAGAUAAGAAAUAUCGCGAUGAAAAAAUCAACUGGUGGUACAAUGUGUAUGGUUUUGAUAUGAGUUGUAUUCGUAAAGUAGCCAUUAAAGAACCGCUCGUCGAUAGUGUUGACAAUCGCCAAGUCAUGACCACACACUACAUGUUAAAAGAAUUCGAUUUACAAACAGUUCGUGUCGAAGAUCUUGCAUUUACUGCCAAUUUCUCACUUGAUGCCAUACGCAAUGAUUACAUUCACGCACUUGUGGCAUAUUUCACCGUGGAGUUCAGUAAAUGUCAUAAGUAUUGUGGAUUCUCAACCGGUCCUGAUGCCCCGUACACACAUUGGAAGCAAACUUUGUUUUAUUUUGAUCACGAUGAAGAAGAUAUUAUGUUGCAUAAAGGUGAAAAAAUAUCCGGUAAAUUAUCAUUACGACCCAAUCCGAAGAACGAUCGUGAUUUGGAUUUUGAUAUUGAUUUUGUUGCUCGAGGACAAAAUACUCAAACCAAAUACCAUGGUGAAUAUCGUAUGCAUUGA